AUGGCCACCUACAAUCGAUGGGGCUCCAAUGCCCUCAAAUCGAGAUUGCCUCCGACACCGCCUGAGUACCAGACCACUUACUUGACGCCAAUGACCGCUGUCAGUGAGGAAGCGCACGCAUACUAUGGUUCACGCUCACGCCCCUCAAGACACAGCUACACUUCAAGAGACCACGGUGAUCGUUAUUACCAGGCUCCUACCUACUCGACACACCAACCUCACAGUCGAUCGAAGCAGCUACCUGCUAUGGCGGACUAUACAAUGAACUAUCCUCAACCACUGCCCAUGCAGUACCACCUGCAUGCACACCCAGAGCCUAAACAAAAAGAGGAAAAACCAACUGGCGGUGUUGCACAACACCUUGACUACGAGAUGGACAUGAUGUCCAAUUUUGUAGCUGAAAUGUGCCAGCAGAUGGUUACGCGUAUCAGUGCGUCGCCUACAUCACAGUUUCGAAAAUACGUUUCGCAGAUCUUGUCAUCGACUCGCCUGCCAAGUUCUACUAUCAUGUUGGGUUUGUUUUACUUGCAGGAGCGCAUGAAGUUCGAGAAAGGCGACUUGAGUUCUUCGAGUGCCUUGAUGAGAAUGUUGACAACCUGUCUCCUCCUAGGUAGUAAGUUUCUCGACGACAAUACUUUCCAGAAUCGAUCGUGGGCGGAAGUCAGCAACAUUCCUGUUCGAGAACUCAAUGCAAUGGAACUCGAAUGGCUUACAGACUUCAACUGGGAAAUUCAUGGCUUGAUGUAUGAUCCUGACCAGGGCUUUUUCAUGUGGAUAGAGCAUUGGCAUGCCUAUGAGGAGAAGGCUCAACUCGUCCAGGCCAAGACUGCGCACAAGUUGGCACCGAUCAAUACCAACAUUUCCCGUCACUCUAGCGUGCAUAACCCAAUGAUGUCUCCGGACGGCCCGAUCCCACCUCAGUACCAACAGGUACCAUACGACAACACUUGGGGACGACCUCAUCUUUUGGAGCAUUCGCCACCAUCAACACAUCACAGUGGACCUACUACACCAGAGUACUAUAACAGCAACUGGCAAUACGCUACCAUGCCUGACAACUACUCACGAGCCUCAUGGAAUGGUCAUGCUAAAUCUGCUUACGCGUCGCAAAGAGCUCAGCUCUCACCUUACUACGCUCCGCAGUAUAGUCAUGGUUACCAACACCUCAGUGCUUGGUCACCACAUGGCCCACAUUGUCCUUGUGACCUUUGCAGCAAGUCGUCUUCUGCUGAGUACUACAUGUCUCACCACCCGUACUCGGUACAACCCGUCGUUGGGUAA